AUGUCUUCCACCAUCAACACCGUCGCCGUCCUCGGUGGCACAGGCAACCUAGGCAAGCACAUAGUCCGCGCCCUCCUCGUCGGCGGGUUUUCGGUCACAAUCUUAACCCGCGCCGGCUCCACCUCUCCCAAGCCUUCCUUCGAACCCUACGACGUCGCCUUCAAAGAAGUCGACUACUCCUCCCCUUCUUCGCUGCAGGCCGCCUUUGCGGGCCAAGACGCCGUGAUCUCGGUUAUUUCCACGGACGCGGCGCAGCAAGUCCAAAAAUCCAUCAUCGACGCGGCCAUCGCGGCGGGCGUCAAGCGAUUUGUGCCUUCGGAGUUUGGCGUGAAUACCCGCAAGCCGGGCGUGGAGAAGACGCGGGUGGGCGAGUUUUUGGCCGGUAAGCGGAAGGUGGUUGAUUACCUCAUUCAAAACGAGGAUAAGAUUAGUUGGACGGGACUGUCGACGGGGUUCUUUUUUGAUUCGGCCCUCGAAAACGGCCUAACAGGCAUCUCUCCCCUCACCAACACCGCAACUAUCGUCGACUCGGGCACCCAGCCGUGGCCGGCCUCUCUGCGUUCGCACAUCGGUCGCGCUGUGUCCGAGAUCCUGCGGCACCCCGACAUCACCAAGAACCAGUACCUGUCGACGGCCUCCUUCAACGUGUCGCAGAACCAGGUGCUCGCCAUCGUCGAAGAGCUAACCGGCAAGAAAUUUGCAGUUACCAGGGCGGAUUCCAAGGAUAUCUUCAAGAGCGGCGAAGAAAAGCUGCCCAACCUCGCCAAGGGCGACCACUCCGCGUUCGUGGAUUUCCUCAAGGCUUAUUUCCUCGCGGACGGGGCGGGGAAUGAACUCAAGGACGAGGACAGCGCAAAUGAGAAGCUCUGCUUGCAGACGGAGGACGUGAGGGCUGUGGUAAAGGGGUGGUUGGAGAAGAAGGGCUUGUUGGCUGCUUAG